GCCGCAGUGCUAAAGGCUGUAAAGCCUGUGCUAUGAUACGGCGUACGGCGCAUUAAAAAAAUACAACAAUCUAUUAAGCUUAAUGAAAGCUUGUAGCUCGUGAGAUUUUGAUUUUCUAAUACUUUCAUUAUAGUUUCAUAUUGAAGAGUGUUAGAAUUUUCAAGUUGAUAGCGCAGCGCUUACACUUACAAGUUACAAUCGAAAGUACCUCAGUCAGCUCUCAGCUGCUCAGCAAUCGUAAGAAUACCUAUUGCCGAUAAUCGCUUAGCUAUUUGGUAUCAACUCUCGGGUCACAUGGCCCAUGGGUACUUGAUAUUUAUUCGUUCUGUUACUACUAUGGAUUCAAUUAGCUGUUAACUCGAACCGUGACAACGCCGUAGAUCAUUUCUAGUCAUUAUAGUAAAUUUUAUAAGUUUACCUUCUGAAAUAGUUUGAAACGUAUAUAACACACAAUGAGUUUCAAUCGAGGCCGUGGCUUUGGGUUUGGAAGUUUCAAAGUCAAGCGUCCUGAAAUUGCACCUCCACCUCCAAGUGCUAGCCUCAGCAAGCAUGGUUAUCACACUCUUACUUCUAUCACAAACAAUGCUAUGCAUGGAGGUGCAUAUGGUUAUGGGCAAGUCCGGAAGAGGCCAAAGACUGAAGAUGAAUAUUUUGCAGAAGAAGAUGAAGGAGCUAAAAAUGAUUUGGAUGCAGAGUUGCCCUACCAGCCUGCCCCAGGCUCCCCAGGACCUGCUGCUUGCAAAGGCAAUUCAGACUCUGAAGAAGACCCUCUUGAUGCCUUCAUGGUUGGCAUUGAACAGCAAGUCAAACGUGAAGAUAGACGCACAGCUGCCAAUGCUGACCUUGCUGCCAAGGAUAGUGGCAGCAGCUCAGCUCUUGAAUCCAAGGGGGUGCGGCAGGACAUAGAUGAAGAGGAUGAUGAAGAAUCUUAUUACAGAUAUAUUGAGGAGAACCCUAAUGCUGGCAAACAUGGAGAUGAUAGUGAGGAGGAAGUGGAGUAUGAUGCCGAGGGGAAUCCUAUUGUCACACGGAAAUCUAAAGUGAUUGAUCCUCUCCCUCCCAUUGACCACUCAACAGUGAAUUAUCCUGACUUCACUAAAAACUUCUACCAAGAGCAUGAAGAAAUUGCUGCCCUUGAUAAUGCACAGGUUACUGAUCUCAGACGGAAGCUUGGCAUCACUGUUACAGGUUUUGCUGCUUCAAAACCUGUUUCCAGUUUUGGUCACUUUGGGUUUGACGAGGCGCUGCUGAAGUCUGUACGCAAGUCUGAGUACAGUCAACCUACUCCUAUCCAAGCUCAGGCUGUUCCUGUAGCUCUCAGUGGUCGUGACAUAAUCGGUAUCGCCAAGACGGGCAGUGGUAAGACAGCAGCAUUUCUAUGGCCACUCUUGAUUCACAUCAUGGACCAGCCUGAGCUGGCCCCAGGCGACGGCCCCAUCGGCCUCAUCCUCGCACCCACCAGGGAACUGGCGCAGCAAAUACACGUCGAAGCUAAAAAGUUCGGCAAGGUGUACAACAUCAACGUGGUGUGCGCGUACGGCGGCGGCAGCAAGUGGGAGCAGAGUAAGGCGCUGGAGGCGGGCGCUGAGCUCGUGGUUGCCACCCCUGGACGCAUCAUCGAUUUGGUCAAAAUGAAGGCCACCAACUUGACGCGCGUCACUUUCCUCGUGCUCGACGAGGCCGACAGGAUGUUUGACAUGGGCUUUGAGCCGCAAGUACGAAGCAUCUGUGACCACGUUCGUCCUGACCGCCAGACGUUGCUAUUCUCUGCGACGUUCAAACGCAAAGUGGAGCGUCUUGCACGCGAUGCUCUCACCGACCCCAUCAGGAUCGUUCAGGGCGAGCUUGGCGAGGCCAACCAGGACAUUGAACAGAGCGUACACGUGUUCAGUCGCGCUGACCAGAAGUGGUCGUGGCUCACACGACACCUCGUGAGCCUAAUGGCGGCGGGUUCGGUGCUUAUUUUCGUCACUCGCAAAGACAACGCCGAAGAGCUCGCCAAAAACCUCAAAGUCAAAGAGUUUGAGUGCCUGUUGCUGCACGGCGACAUGUCUCAGUACGAACGUAACGACGUGAUCACGGCGUUCAAGAAGGCGACGACGCCGGUGCUCGUUGCGACGGAUGUUGCGGCGCGCGGUCUCGACAUUCCCCACAUCCGUACCGUCGUCAACUAUGAUGUGGCACGCGACAUUGACACGCACACGCACAGGAUCGGACGAACAGGUCGCGCUGGGGAGAAGGGCCGCGCGUUUACGCUCAUCACCGAAAAAGACAAGGAGUUUGCCGGUCACCUCGUACGAAACCUCGAGGCUGCGAACCAAGAAGUUACCAAAGAACUUCUUGAUCUGGCUAUGACUUCUCAAUGGUUCAGGAAAAGCAGAUUCAGAGGCGGUAAAGCGAAGCAGCUAGGCGGACGAGGUCUGGGAUUCAGGGAGCGCCCCGGGCUCGGGUCACAAGACCACAGCGGGUCCUCCUCUUCCUCUUACUCUUCCCCUGCGGUCAAAGCCAUGGGGCCCGCGGGCCAGGCUUAUAGCGGCGUCCCGGACUCGUCAGGUCCUGCUACUAACCGCCUGUCUGCUCUUCGUGCUGCAUUCGAAGCUCAGUACAAGUCACAGUUCACUCCAAGCAGCGCUGACCCAGCGUGGCAGAGCACUGCUGAGGGGUCGCAUUAUGCCAAGAUGGCCGAACGCGAGAAAGCCAAAGAAACAGAAGCCGAGGCGAACAAAAAAAGGAGAAAAUCACGCUGGGAAGAUUGAGCCCUACGCUGGUCAAAUGUGAGAUCUUGUACAGACAUCGCUGACGAAAAUAAUUGUAAUAAAUAACGAAAUUAACGCAAGGCAUCAAUGUCAUGUUAACAUGUAUUUUUCUUGUUUCGUUGUAAAAGUACAAUUUCCAUCUACCACUAGAUUUAAUCCACGAUGUUAGUAAGAUGAUACCUUCAGCCAAAACGGUUCUAUUAAGCCUAGUGUCGCCCAAUCUGUUUAAUUGACGCAUAAAAUGAUAAAUGUUGAGCGGCCCAUGCAGCACAAUGCCACUUAAGACGAAAACAUGCAAUGAUGGAUAAAUGUUUAUUAUUUAGUACAAACGUUAGAAGUGAAAACGGUCGUUCAGUUGGAAAUAGCGUUUGAACAAAUUCAAGGUGUAUAUAAUUUCGCUACUGCAUUUUGUCAUCCAUUAACCUUGCAUGUACUAUAAGUUGUAGUAAAUAUAUACGAAAUCCAUUUUUACUAACUUAUCCGCAGUGUGUAAAUGAAGUCAAAUUUCCCAUAUAGAUAUGAUAAUUUAUUAGCACCGGAAGUAUGUCUUAAUAAUACUGCGGAUUGCACGUCACCCAAUUAGACUUGAGCUUCUUCUGCGCGGACUUGUGUGUGUCAAAUAUGCUCUUGUAGACCUCGGAAUGCUUAGGGUUGUUAGCGACCGAGUAUUCCUUGGAUCGUACGUGUGAGAACUCCGUGUCGCGUAGGAUGGAAGACGCCAGGCCACUUACGCUCACUCCCGCCUUGCCUGCUUUCUGGUGUCCGUUUCUGGUGCCUGAUGGUCCUGCUUCGUUUGCGCUGCCUGUGUUCAUACAUGGCGAGGUUUACGCUAAAGUUUCUCAUUCACAUAAUCGUUUUUUUUACCCGCAUGAUGUUGCUAUUUAUUAUAUUUUGCCUAUUUUUCCAACUCCAUCAUACCAAUAUUCAUAAAUAUAUGCAUAAUUCAUCACAAUAUAUCAUUAUUCAUACAGAAAAAAAAUCGAGAUAUUGCCUGCUCAAUGAUUCAAAGUCAUAUAUGUAACUCUCGAGUAACGUUUAAUUAGCCACUGCCAUCAGUUAUUUCUGUUGUCAUUGCUCAAGUUUUUAUUUGUAAUCUGGCAGACUCCUGAUAAUGAUACAAUUAUAUCUCAAAUUAUCCAUUCGCCAUGAAUGGCGCCGGUCGUCUCUAUGAACACUUGUAACAUCAGAAAACUAAAUAAAUAAUAAUAUUUACAAGAUGGAAAUCUCUCAGUACUGUAUGACUCACCACUUUUAUGUUUCUUCUCCUGACUUGUACACUCAGCAGAGUCAUUCUCAGCUUUCCUUUUAUCUUUCUUUUCUUUUUUUGGUUCCUUAGCCUUCUUCCUGCGUUCAGCCAUCUUGGCUGCAGCUUCUGUCAGCUGAUCGGCGUCAGGGUUGAGAAUGAUGACGUCAUCGGCCUGAAUCUCGAUGCCGCACGCGCAGCACACGUCCGUGUUCAGCUGGAAAACAUGACCUUAAAUAUUAUAUUUGUAAUUAAUGUAGAAAAGCUGUAAGGCCUUUGAACGAAUUUAAUUAAUCAAUCGCAGUAUUUCAAUUUUUUGUGAGAGCUGUAGAGGCGUUGUUUCGUGUUAAGAUUAAGAUUAUUACGUCAAAGAACAUAA